AUGGGGAACACGUGCUGCGACGGGAAGCACCAAGUCGCUGGAGAGACGUUCAGAAAGUCUCAGGUGGAUUUGGUGAGAGCUGCUGUGUAUAUGAUCGAUUUCCUCAAUGAAGUUGACCGAUAUCCAUGCCUGUAUGCAAAUCAUGCUGUGCUACAACGAGCAAUCCACAGAUACCACAACAUCUGGCUGCCUUUACUGGCGGGUGUGGAUGGACCUGACUUGGUGCCGCCAUUGGACGUAGAGUGGGUGUGGCAUCUUCAUAUGCUGUGCCCGCAGAAGUACUUGGCUCAUGUUCAACGCGCCCCGGUUCACCGCCUGAAGGCCCGCUCUGGACCCGCCUGGGAGGCGGCAAAGGCACGUGGGCAGGGAGCUUGGAAGCUGCAGACCCAGGAGCCCUUUGACGUGCUCCCCAUCCUUGCCAAGGAGCUGACAGUCGCCGAGGGCUCAACUACUUGGUCAUCGCCCAUCUCCUAUGAUUUGAUUGCAGCAGCCGAGCGACAAAUGUCUUUCCGGUAUCAAGUUGCUAUUAUGCCACAUUACAGAGACAAGUAUUUUCUUGAACUCGCAGUUGAACGAUACCUGGAUAGAUUUCUGGAGCUGAAGCGACGGCAUCCAAAGGAGUUUUGGGUGCCGACCUAUGACAUUGAUUGCAUUUGGCAUGCCCACCAGCUGCAUCCCGAUGUCUACCUUUCAGAAACCAAAGAGCUGUGUGGCUCCUUGCUACCCCAUGAUGACAGUGUCAACGACCGUUCUGAAGGCUCCAAGCUGCAAGAAUCCUGGGAGCGGACGCAGCAGGUGUGGAAUGAGGAGUUUGGGAGUAAGGUGGCCACUGCGGGCGGCAUGUUCCGUGGCAACGUCACCCUCGAGGAGAGGUUGUGGCAGGCCAAGCAGUGGGAGCUGUUGACACAGGGCCCCAGAGAAACCCAACGGUUCUGGAUUGCCCUGCGGGCAGAAUAUUGUCGGCAGAAUGACACCACACAGUGGAUUCACAAGAAGGACGAGCUGGAACGCUUGCAAGCGAGCUUUCAGAGAUGGUCUGCAUCUACGGAUGGCACCUUUGCGGGUCGAGUGUGGCACGGAAGAGAUAUCCACGGCAAGGCUUGCAGCAAUGUCGAGGUUGUGCACAGUGCUGAUCCAACAUACUUGCCACUUGUCACAGCCCAUUUGAUCGCGAAAGACCAACUUCCGUCCCCACAGCAAGUGAGUAAUGCAGACGACUAUCCGACUAUCUCCGCAGGAGAACGCGCCUAUCUAGUCCGAGUGGCUUCAGAAGAUGUGGCGGUGCUUACGGGCACGUGGCAAGGCUUUAGGAAGGGCAAGCAUGGCGAUCCCGGCAAGCUGAAGGUGAAGCUGUUUGCCCUAAAGCCACAAAGGUUUUGCCAAGUGGAGCGAGUCACAGAGUCGGCUUCAAGUCCCAGCGUCUUCAACUUCAAUUUGAGCCCUUUGGGUGCGGGCAGCGCGGAAGGACGUGUGAUCAUCAACUUGGCCACUGGUCUGAUCCAUGGCGAUAGCCGGGAGGCGUCGGGGAUUGCGUAUGGCUUUGGCUUGGCCCUGGCGGCGCUACAUGUGGCCCUGCAGCCUCGUAAGAAGGUCGAGACGCUGGGAAGUGGCCAGACCCGAUAUGGCGACACAGCCGUCGCACAGCACAAGUUCCCCUUUCUGAUUUCCGCAGGAGGAGCCGACACGACGGGUCAGUCCACGGACUGGAUCCUGCAUUUUGCGGAUGCGAUUCAGAAGCCAGCCUUGGCACAAAUGCCGGUGAGAAGACCACCAGUCUUCUUCAUGCCCGUUUCUGCGGGGGUGUGCCAGGCGCGCAUCAGCUGGGCGCAGUUCAAGGCCUCCAAGCUGCCGGCUGCCAAGGCAGAGCUGGAACGUCGCUGGGAGCUGCUGGUGGCAGACGAGGAGGCGCGGGACCUCCUGGCCAUGCGCCAGCGCCUGACGCAUUCCACAGACCCGGGCCUCGUCCAGUUGCGGGGUGAAGUCGAUAAAAUGAUUGGCGAGCGAGCUGAAGUGCUGGAGAAAGGCGUGCUUGUGGGCACCGGCACGGAGGCUGGAUCUCAGGAAGAUGUUCCGGUGAAAGGCAGCAAGCGGCCGAGCGUGCUGGUUCGUCGCCUAGGGCUCGAUACUGCUAGCCUGCCCUCGCCCUUCCUUGUCUUUCUGAAGCUCUUUCUGCACGGUAAGGACAACACAGACGAGCAAGUCCUGGCCACGCUGAAGGAGUGGCAGGUCCUAUCACCUUUGCAGCGCAGAGCAUUGUGGUCCAUUGUUCUGCAUUCGGCCCGGGAGCAAGAUCGCCAGAUCGAUUCCGCCCUGGGCAUCGCUGGCGCGGCAAAAGGAGGGCGCAACGGCGGAGGCUUCAGCCAGUUCUGGGAAGAGCACCAAGCAUCCGGAGCGUGCGGCGUGUCAGAGGUGGACGUGCAGCGGGCCUUUCUUCAUUUGCCGGAGGAGGAGCUGUCCAGUGUUCUCCUGCCAGAGGUACUGCCCUGGCGGAGCGAGUGGUGA